GACAGAAAAAAACACUGGUCUUCCUGGAGUGUAAAUGACAUUGGUAAGAGAAAGAAGGCGCCAACAAGCAUUGAAGCUCUCCCUGCCUCCACAGAUACUCGCAGCUGAUCUUUGGCAACCUGCCAAGUUACCAGCAUUGUCCUUCGCCAUCCAGCCAGAGUCCCCUGAUGUUGAAAGCUUCUCUAAGUUAGAGAAACUGGCUGUUCUAGGCCACGGUAAUGAAGCUACUAUCUAUAAAGUCUGGCAUUGUCAAACAGCUUCAAUUUAUGCUCUGAAGGUCCUCCGUGUUGAUCAGCACACAACAGAUGUAUGGCAACAGGCAGGACAAGAAGCAGAAAUUCUUAAACGGGUAGACUCGCCACUGAUCGUUAAAUGUCAUGCAGUUCUGAACAGCGGGUGCAUCGACUCGGAUAAUGCAGGGGAACUAUACUUCCUAAUGGAGUACAUGGAAGGAGGGUCUCUACAAGAUAUAUUAUGUAUCCAUAGGAAAUUGCCCGAAGAGGCGAUUUCUAGAGUGGCGAGACGAGUUUUGGAGGGGCUAUGCUAUUUGCACAGUAUGAAAAUAGUGCAUAGGGAUAUUAAGCCAUCAAACUUGCUUAUAAACAGUAAAGGCGAGUUGAAGAUUGCAGAUUUCGGUGUGAGUCAGGUUGUAGCUAGUACUUGUGACCCUCAUGUUUCUUAUUUAGGGACAUGUGCUUAUAUGAGUCCUGAGAGGUUUGAUCCAGAAAGGUGGGACGGUGAAAAAGAAGGAGGGUUUGCAGGGGACGUUUGGUCUCUAGGAAUUGUCUUACUAGAAUGCCACGUGGGUCAUUUUCCCUUGAUAAGUCCAGGAGAGACACCAGAUUGGGCAACUCUAAUGUGUGCUAUUUGCUUUUCAGAUAGGUUGGAGAUUCCUGAAACGGCAUCACCAGAGUUCAAGAGUUUCGUUAGUAGGUGUCUGGAGAAGGAUUGGAGGGCUAGAGGGACAGUCGACGAGCUCCUCCGUCACCCUUUUGUGAACAAAAGCAGUGGUACAAAAGGGUGGUUUGGUUAG